CUUCCAGGUAGACCCAACCCAACCGUUGCCUUGUCCAAACUGGCGCACACGUUUUGAUUCUCUCUAUAUUUUCUUUUGUCAAUCUCUCCUUACGCCAACUGAUAUUCUUUCCAUCUUCAUCCUAAUCUAUCUCUCUCUCUCUCUCUCUCUCUCUCUCUCUCUCUCUUUGUCUACCAAGCAACUCCGAUGGCGGAAUCCAAACCCGGCCCAACGCAAGCUUCACCCGAUAAGGAAUUAAAGGCACCUAAUUUGAUUGAAAGAGCAAAGGAAGAGAUUGGAGCAAUAAUGCACACUGAAAAAUCACAUAACGAUCACAAGGAAACUCAUGGCAUGCGUACGGAUAUUGAUGAAAAGACCCCACUAGACAAUGUCAAAGCUCCAAAUAUGUUUGAACGAGCGAAGGAGGAGUUUGAGGCUAUAGUUGAAGCAAUCCAUCCCAAGACAGAGUCUCCCACUCAUGGCAAAAGGGAGGAAAAAAAGGAGUCGAAAAAACAGGAGAAAACCGACUCUCAAUCAGAAAAUAAUGCCAAGACAACUAGCUUUAUUGGGAAAGCGAAGGAAAAGAUUGGAACGAUCAUGCACCAUGAGAAGUCACCAAAGCUUCAUGAUAAAGAAACUCAUGACAAGUCACCAAAGCAUCAUACUGAAGAAACUCAUGGAACGAGUGAUGACAUAGAUGCAAAUAUCCCAAUCGAUCAUGUUAAGGCUCCGAAUGUUUUUGAAAGAGCAAAGGAGGAAAUCGAGGCUUUUGUCCAAUCGAUUCAUCCCAAGAAAAAAGAGAAAAAUCCAGUUUCUUCACCUAAGAAGGAAGGUGGACUGUGAGUGUCAAUAGGAAAAGGGUUGGAGAAAGUGUGCUUUCCUCGUGGGAACAAAGAUCGGUUGUGAAUUCUGGUCAAAUUGUGAUAUUUCUUCCUCAUUCUUUUCUGCCCGAAUACAACUCGGGUUAUACAUGAGAAAUUAUUAUAUACCCCUUUUUCACGACUCAGUUUAUAUAUGAAAAUCGUGUGCAUUCAACAUA